UAUCACAUCUGAAUUUAGUAUCUCUCAAUCAGGGAGAGAGAGACUUUCAAGACAUCGGAUCAGUUCGUCGAACGAAAACGUUCUAGUGGUUAUACAGGUUGAAAAAUAAGAAUAAUUGCCGUGUGCUUUGAGUAUUUUGUGGAGAACGUUUAAUAAGUGUCAAUUUUUCGCGAUAUUUGACUGAUACUUCAAAAAUUUAAAUUAAUUUGAAUCUCAUACAAGCCUAAUAGUGAACGAUGAGUUCGAUAAAAUUAAUGUCAUUUGAGGAGGAAUUGCAAAAGAACCCCGAGUUAAAAGAGGCGGACAUACAAACGUUAAGAGAAUGGUGCGAGAAGCAACCUCAUUUACCGAAGAUAUCAGAUAGCGAAUUGGCUUUGUUUUUGCACAGCAAUUAUUACCGGCUUGAACCAACAAAGAAUACUAUCGAUACCUUUUUUACUGUCAGGAGUCAUGUUCCUGAGUUUUUCUGCAAUCGAGACCCUGUUAAAAACAAAGAGCUGCAGAAAGCCUGUCAAACUGUGACAAAUCAAAUUCUAGAAGGUACUACUAGAGAGGGAUACAAGAUUAUUUAUGGAAGAUUACUGGAUAGCGAACCAUCGCAUUUUGUUUACAACGACUGCAUGAAAUUGUUGAACAUGGUGAUUGAUUUGUGGCUCUAUACAGAAGAUGGAUUGCCCGUCAGAUUGAAAGGAUUUCACUUUAUGAAUGCUUCACCGGUACUAGACGUAAUCUUGAAUAUGAUGCGACCGUUCAUGAAGAAACAGUUGUUGGACAUGUUACAUAUGCAUAGCACGAGUGAUAGUUUGGAGAAAUUUGUGCCACUCGAAGUUCUUCCGAAUGAAGCGGAUGGCCAGGCCGGUCCCUUACAGGAGUUACACAACAAGCAAGUGAAAAAGUUGGAGGACAGUGUCGCCUGGUUUGAAGAUGAUGAGGCCAAUCAUCGCGUGAAUGAAUCGUUGCGACCAGGCAAGGCAAAAACAGCGACGGAUUUGUUCGGGGUUGAAGGAAGUUUCAAAAAGCUCGAGAUUGAUUAACGAAAUAAUGGAUGCAGUGUAAAACUACAGCAAUUAAGCUAUUAAUCCUUGAUGCGUUACAUUAUACGUACAGUAAAUAUUAUAAUUGCACCAAGAAACGCGUUGAUAUUAACGUUUAUUAAACAUUAUUACUUCACUUUUAUUUGGAAAUCAGGUUUUUUUUAUUUAUCUAUACUUGUCUACUUAUUUAUAUAUACUUCUUACAUGUGUAAAACAUCCUAUAAUAAUUAAAUUUAAUCGUUUAGAGAGUUGCACAGGGUAAACUGUAAUGAAAGAGGAUAGAUUUUUUCAUUAUAUUGAUUGUAUAACAAACAUUAAAUUAGGGGUAUUGAUUUUUUACAUAU